AAACGGCAAAAUGUUAUCGUGUUCCUUCCGUGUGUCUAACAAACGGCGGUUACGUUCUCACAGCGCGGAGAAUUACUUGGCGCCGUUCUUCCGCAGAUUCCGUUCUCCGCGACGUCGAUGAACGGCUCUGGAACUUGAGCGGCCGUUUCCGCGACGGCAGAUAUCAAGAGUCAUUGUUUGCGUGUAACACACGCAUUGUCCGUCUCGUGAAAUGCACGGAAUAAGCCACCUAUUGUCCCAUCAUCAUCACGGCACCGACAAUGGCGGCGAUACGAGAAGUUCCAUCUCGUCCUCCGCGUCGUCGGACAUCAGGAACCAUGACACCAAGUUCAUGCAGGAACUGUUGAACCAUAACGAUCAGCAGCAACAAGACAGUAACAGACUUUAUCUACAAGAGCGACAUGUGUCCCGCGGCUCGGUUAGUUCCGCGUAUUCUUAUGGUUCCUCGUCCUACGGUUCAUCUUACAGCUCCAACUCGUCCAAUCAUCAACAGCCCGUGUACCACACGGUCCACGGCAACAUUCAUCAUCAUCCGUUUCAUCACUACCACCACUAUCAUCAACAGUAUCAUCAUCGAGCAGCGAGCACCGGCAAAGCGUCACCGACGUCGCCCAGUCCGACCAAUGAGCACGAGAGGCAACACCAUCAUCAUAGCAUACAGGAGAUGAUACGACAUUUUGGCCGACGAUUAGGACACAUCAGACGGCAGAGUGAGAGCCAUGAGAGCCCAAGGAAACGGGGCGAGGAUUUCAGAAACAGGAGUCAGAGUCUAGACGGCGGCGCCAGGCAUUGUCCCCCCAUCGGUCCAAAAGAGACCGAUUGCGAGACCACCUACAGGAUCUAUGAGAGCAUACUCAGGCAAGGUAACGCGAGCGAGUACGACCGAAUCUCGAUGACGAGCGCAUC